UCUGCUCGAUGCACGUAAUUAUUGAACAUUAUUUUGUAUUAUUUGGUUGAUCCUAGAUAUAUUUGAACUUGCACUAAUGUUUCUGCAGAAACCAUCAAAACCAAGCUGUUCCACGUGUUGAUUGCUGUCAUGUCAGAAGAAUCAAAAUCCAAACCGUUGCAACAAGAAACAGAAGUCGAUAUAAACGAUGUGUUCGAAGAUUUGCUGCUAGUAGAGGAACGGCUGACUGAGCGCAGCUAUCAGGAAGGACUGCAGGUUGGAUCGCAGGAGGGAAACGUAGAAGCUUAUCAUUUCGGAUAUCAUCGGGGCGCGGAAAUCGGUGCCGAGUUGGGAUUCUAUUACGGCGUACUUUGCGCUCGGGAAAGCAGUGCAGAGGGGUCAAGUUCGAAAGCAACUGCUCUACUGCAAGAGCUGAAAAAAGAAAUCGAAGCGUUCCCAAAGGUUAAUGAUUUAGAAAUCGACAUUUUAGAAAAAUUGCUGAAGCUGAGAAAUAAGUAUAAGAAAUUGUGCACAUUGCUGAAGAUUUCGGCGAAAUAUUCACGAACGAAUGAGCUUUCGUUUUAGACCGGUUAG